ACACAGCACCCAAGGCGAUUAUCUAUGUCAUGUAUAUGUCUAGGAGGUAGCCUGUCGUUUUUAUCUCCCCAACAUUCAAUUUUCACUUUUGUUACGUCUUCUUUUGAGUUUUCUGGCCCUUUAGACGAAAAGCUCAUCAAACAGCACAAUAUAGAUGAAGAUGUCCUCCUCAGCCUCCGCCACACCGUCCGUGCUACUCGACACCGGGGCUCGGAUGCCGCUUUUGGGUUUGGGGAUGUACAAACUGUGCGGAGCCGAGGCUGUGGCCCGAGCUGUGGACGCGUCCCUGGCCGCGGGCUACCGGGCCUUUGACAGCGCCGCCGUGUACGGGAAUGAAGCCGAACUGGGUCGCAGCCUGAAGGAGCUCCUGCCUAAAUAUGGAUUGACCAGGGAGGACGUGUUCAUCACCAGUAAACUGGGCCCCAAAGAUCAGGGCGAGAGGGCCAUGGACGGAGCCCUCGAAAGCCUGUCCAGACUUGGGAUGGAUUACAUCGACCUCUACCUGAUCCACUGGCCUGGCACUCAGGGUCUAGAUGUGACGGACCAGCGCAACCCAGGAAACAGAGCUAAGAGUUGGGCCGCGCUGGAGGAACUCCACGCUCAAGGGAAACUGAAGGCCAUCGGGGUGUCCAACUACACACCGGCGCACAUGAGGGAGCUCAUGGCCAGCUGCAAGGUCCGGCCCGCGGUGUUGCAGGUGGAGUUCCACCCGCUCGAAUGCCAGGCCGAGCUGAGGCGCGCGUGCCAAGAGUUCAGCGUGCGCUUCCAGGCCUACACUUCCCUGGGGAGGGGGGAGCUCCUCGCAGACCCGACGGUGGUCCAAGUGGCCGAGUCCCGCCGGCGCACGCCCGCUCAGGUGCUGCUGCGCUGGGCGGUCCAGCAGAACGUCCCGGUGCUCCCCAAGUCGUCCGACCCGCGGCGGAUCAAGGAAAACGCUGGCAUUUUCGACUUCGCGCUGAGCGACGACGACAUGGGCAGACUGUCGGCUUUGAAUCGAGGACACAAGUACUGCUGGGAUCCCUCCCAGGUGGUUUGAUGGGACUUAGCAGCGGUGGGCCCUCAGUGGGGACUUAAUACAACCACCAUGAUGUCGGAAUUAUCAAAAAUAUGGUGCCAAAUGAAAAAAAAAACAAAAAAAAAAAACAACGCAAUAUAACUGCACCCAAAUGUGCCAUGUACAUCACAUCGAGCAGUGUGCAGUUAUUAGUUAUUUCGUAAACAUGAAACAUUUCAAUAAAAUUCAUCUUAAUCGCAGAAAGGAUAAAUGUCACUUUUUUUUUUUUUUUGUCCUAAAAAUGUUUUAUUCAGGACAGCAUCUAGGAUAAGAAGUUUCACAGCUGUAGAGAAAAACACGUGUACAAAUCUCCUUUCAAAAAAACCCCAAAAAACAAAUUUUCUCCACACAGAUUCAAGUAAUACCGAGUUGCAAAACUGCACAUGCCCAAGUAUUUUUCUUUCUUUUUUUUUUUUUUAAAGUGGGGCUUGAGCAUUAUAUGAAACGGCGCGACGUGAAGUUUAAGGCGGUACACGUGCGGUGUCGCGUUCACAUCGAGUCGAAGGCAUUUUCACGAGAUUCGUCCGAUGGUGUGGGCACCGUGUAAGCACGCCGAACGCAGGUCCACGUUGUUGUCCUGACAGUAGUUCUUGGAUCACAUCAGUACUUGGAAAAAAUACAAUAAAAUUGCUGGGGGAGGGGUUUACACUGUAUUAGCAGGGGUGUCAAACUCAUUUUUAUUGCGGGCCACAUUAUUGUUACGGUUUCCAACAGAGGGCCGUUUGUUGUUGUUUUUUUUCUUCUAAACUUAGCUAAUCAAUAAAAAAAAUUGCUAGCAAUAUGUCAAUAAUUUGAAAUUUUGUUACAGAUUUUAACAACAAUCUUGGAAGUUGAUACACAUGAUUUUGCCUUCGCGGGCCACAUAAUAUCUUGAGGCGGGCCCCGUCCGGCCCCCCGGGCCUUGAGUUUGACACCGGUGCUCUAUCGCAAUUACAGUUUAUUUAUAAUUACACAACAGGGACAAUAUUGAAAAACACACAGUUGAAUGUUCAAAAAAAAAAAAAAAAGUGGGCCAAUUAGAUUGUCUUGAUUUCCAUUGGGACACGACGAUAAAAUCAUCCAAAGACAAUAAACGCACCAUUUAUCAUAUUUUUAACAAUCACAUAGAAGUCCAGGCUAUUUAUUGAUUUUUUUUUUUCCCCAAAGUGGCCAUAUAAAACCAUGUAUCGAUCCAGUGUUCAG